AAAAAACCGAAAUUCUUCGAUAGAGAAAUUGAGAGAGAUGAGUUUGGUUUUAGUUAUCAUGAGUAUUUACUGUUCAGAAUAGAGAGAAUCUAGUGAGAAUAGAGGGAAAUGGAAGGAUGGGAUCCUCAAAAUCUAAUUCUACCGGAGGUGGGUAAGCUAUGUCGAUCCCAGUCAGAAUACCUGGACCAACAUUUCAAGACCCAGAAGGAUGUUUCCUCAUCUUCUACCUCUUCUUCUUGUCUGUUGUCUGAAUGGACCAAACAUUGUUCUGAUUACGACAAUCGUCUACUACACCUCCGCACCAUCCUCAUGGAUCGCACCCUUUCAUGGAUCUCUUCUUCUUUUCGAGCUAAAGCUUCCCUUUCUAAUCUCAAUCUCACCCUCUCCGCUUCCUCUCAGUAUGGGACUGCUUUGAAGAGGCUUUUGGGUGAAGAACUGCGGCUGCUGGCCCUUCAAUUGCACCGGAUUCACUUCAUCCGCCAAUAUGUUGAAACUGCACUUCGCUUAGAAGCUUUGGUAGGAGACCUCGAGGAUGUAGUUUUCUCUUCUGGGAAUCAUCGUCCAGGGAAUAUGUUCGCAAAGUUUUCAACUUUACUGACAUCACAAGAUUUUGGAGUAAAGGAAGAAAGAUUACUAAAAGCCAUAAAAGCCACGAAUGAUGUUGAGGAGAUAAUUGUCAAUGUUGAGAAAUCCCAACAAUGGCACCAUCUUUUAAAGUCAGUUGAUCAUAGAGUAGAUAAAACUUUGGCUAUACUUCGACCAGAAGCUCUUGCAGAACAUCGUGCUCUUCUUGCUUCUUUUGGGUGGCCUCCAAAACUCCUAGCAUCAAAAGUGGAAAGUGGAGGGCUCUCUAAGCUCCUGAACCCACUACUUCUAAUGCACGGAAAUGAAAAGAAGUCUUAUGCUCAAAGUUUUCAUGUGCUUUGCGCUUUGCAGCAACUGCAUUCACGUAGAGAAGCUCGAAAGUUUAAAACUUUAGGUCAAAAGGAGUGCGAGAUACGACUUUGGGCUAUUGAUGAACUGGUGACUCCUUUAGCUGUAAGAAUGGAAUAUCACUUCGUGAAAUGGGCUGAGCAGCCUGAGUUUAUGUUUGCUCUUGUAUAUAGAGUUACUAGGGACUUUAUGGAAGGAGUAAGUGAUAUUUUGCAGCCUCUGAUUGAUGCAGCUAGAUUAACGAGCUAUAGUGCUAAUGAAGCUUGGAUUUCUGCAAUGGUGCAUAUACUUUCUGGGUCCUUAACAAAAAAUGUUUUUCCUGCCUUGGCUGAAAGAUACAAGGAGAAAGACAUGAAAUUAGAAGUUAUCUCAUUGUGGCUUCAUCUAGUCGACCUUAUUGUUGCUUUUGAUAAACAGAUGCAGUCGUUAUUGAGAUACGAAACUUGUCUCUUGUUUCCAGAUGCUCAAAGGAGAGGGAUAUCCGUGUUGAUAGUAUUUUGUGAUAGACCAGAUUGGCUUAAGAUUUGGGCAAAGAUGGAGCUCAAGGACGGCUGGAAGAAACUAAAAGCAGUACUGAAGGAUGCUAAAGCUUGGCAAAUUGACGACAAACAUAGAGUUGACUUUGAUGUUAGUACAAUAUGCGAAACAUUUUUGCUCUCUUCUAGAGAAGCCCAUAAAGCUCCAUUUGUUGCGGAAUCUGCACUUAAAAUUGCGCAAGAAAUGAUUGAUAGAUGCCAAACUUUACCAGAUAUUUUGUCUCGUGCCAAAUUUGUUAGAUCAACUGUAGCCAGAUUCUUCUGGUAUUUUUCCAAUGUGCUGCUUCUGCAUUGCCGAAAUGCCGAAUUGCCACCUGAAGAGCUUGAUGGUAGCGCAAUUGUUAGAGCAUGUGAAUCAAUCAAUGCUGCUAGAUAUGUUGAGUCUAAGCUGCAAGAAUGGAGUGAUGAUGCAAGUUUUUUGGAGAUGAAAAUUGCCGAAAGCAAUUCUAACAUGCAGGAACAACACCAAGGGUUUUAUGAUGAUUGCUUCUUUGAAGAGGAAAUAAAAUGCUUGGCUGAACUAGAGACCAACUGGCUUAUGGAAAUCGGCGCCGUUCUUCUUCGUCAGUUUGAAAAUCUAACUCUGGAAUACAACCAUACUGAGGAUUCCAAUGCUUUUAUUGAAGCGUUGCAGAGUUUGAAGAGCCAGCUUCAUGUUCUUAAGAAAAAUCUCAACGGGAAAGACUUCUUGGACUUGUGGCGAAGUGUGGCGGAUGGGCUGGACCAUUUUAUAUGUGGUAGCAUUUUAGGAGGUGAUGUUAAGUUUUCAAAGAAGCAAAGCAAUGAGUUCGGAACUGAUAUGCAAGCAUUGUUCCUUGUGUUCCAACCAUUUUGUGCUCGUCCUGAAGCAUUUUUCCCCUGUAUUAGGGACAUCCUGAAGCUGUUAGCAAUGAGUGGAGAAGAGGUCAAGCAUUUGCUGGUAGGUAAGAAAAGUGAAAAAUACAUGCAGUCUUAUGGAAUUUCCCACUUACGUUUUGACCAAGUUGAGAAAACUUUGAGGAAAUUGAAGUUUUGAGUUUGCUUUGUUACUUGAAAUUGAUUGAAGAUAGAGGUUGCCUCUUUCUUUUUGGCUUUUAAAGCGAUUCAUUAUUUAACA